AUGAGAAGGCGAUUUGAAUAUGAACUUGCCAAUCCCAAGAUUUUUGCUCGCACCAUGAGUGAGGGUGAACCUGUUGCAGUGAAGGUGAGCCGUCGAAUCGCUGAUUUCGAUGAUGAGUCAAGUGAGGAAGAAACGGAAGAAGGGGAUGAGGGUAGUGAUGAUGAAUCAUCAUCCAGUGGGACUUCUCCUGCACCAUCUGAUAGCGAGGACUAUGAUGAAGAGGGUCUGGAUACUGAUGAGGAUGAACGAUGUGCAAGGAAGAAGAGAGAAAGGCUAGAGAUAUAUGAACGUCGUUGGAUUAAGACAAGAUGUGCAAGGAAGAAGAGAGAAAGGCUAGAGAGAUAUGAACGUCGUUGGAUUAAGACAAGAAGUGCCACAGAAAGUGAAAGUGAUGAGGAAGGUGGAGAAGCAGAAAAAUGUGAUGAGGAUGAUAACAGCAGUGAGGGAUCUAAUGAUCCAGAAAAAGAGCCUAGAGAGAGACAAAGGCAGGAGAGAGAUGAUGCAGAAAUGUAUCUACUCUAUUUGGCAGAGAAAGCUCAACCCAGGAUAUUUGCUCGUACCAUGUCUGAACCCCUGAACGUGGAUUCAGACGGUGAGGAGAUACCAGGGAGGAUGUAG